AUGUUAUUAACGCCAUCGAAAUUAAAUUUUAAUCAAAUAAUUUCGUCUCCUUCGACGGCGACGACGACGACGACAUCAUCGAAUAACUCUGAUGAAGAUAUCUUGGAUGAAACGUAUUCCUUUUUCAACAGCAGCAGCCAAUCAUCUACAAGCUCAGAUGUACACACCACCAUCAACUCAGAAUCUUUGAAUUCAUUCAAAUCCAUCAACAAAGUCAACUACCUUCGACCACCACCAGAGCCCUCUGUUAAUCCUCCACCUUCUCAACGUCCAAGGAAGGUCUUCUCUACUCUCUCUCCCACUGAAAAACCUUCAAGAAGAUCAAGUCUACGCUCAAACCACAGUGAUCACUCAAUUCCUCACUUUAAAAGAAGUUCAAAGAAAUCUUCUAUUCCUCCAAAUUCUACUGGGAACAACCAAAGAUAUAGAAAUAUCUUUCCUUCCCCUGAUCCUCCUGAUCCUCCUAAUAGAGCUUCUUUUCCCCUUCAACCAACUUCCUACGCUUCCGCUAGACCUUUACAGGCUGCAUUCCAAGCUCCGUCUACUCUCCUUUCGAAGAAAUCCAAACCCUUUAAUCCCUCAAACAUUGGCCCUUCUGGUUCUCCUGCUUAUCUUCCUCAUAUGCCUGACACUCCCGCUAAACCCUCUGCAUUCGCCGCUAAAGCUCAAGCUGAUAUGUCACAAUCUUUACCUGCUCAACAAACUAAGAAUCGCACUUCAUUCUUCGGUAAAUCCGCUAAAAGACUCAGUUUAAAUUUGGCUCUAGCUGCAAAUUCUCCUUCAAAAGAUGAAGAUCAGAGCAACAAUGGUAGAGGUAAAGGCAGAAUGGCCAUAUUACGCAGAUCGUCUGCUCUUAGUUUGAGUAGUAAUCGCACUACUGCUUCCAGUGAUAGUGAUGGUAGUCCAAGCACUCGCAAGACUUACGACGAUGAAUGCUUAACUCCAACAAAUCAUUUUGAUGAAAACAACAGCAACACUGCAAACUCACCAACUCCUUCAUCAAAAUUAGCCACCCCAACAUCAAAAACUUCGAAAAUCACAAGACGUGCAUCUCAAUUGUUUGAUAGAGCUUCUAACCCUUUAUCUUCAUCCCCCGAACCUUCAUCUCCUACUUCUCCGAAACGACCUUCGCUUUUCUCAUCCCUUCGUUCACGUGAAAAAACUAGGUCAAUGUCUUCAAUGUCCUCAUUCAUAAGGAGACGUUCAUCUUCCAAGUUGUCUAUAUCAUCCAAAGCGGACAAGGACAAGGCCAAAGGGAGGGAUAGUAAUACGAUAAAGUUUAACAAUCCGAGUAAUAGUGACGGCAGUUCAAGUACUAUUAACGUCAAUAAAAACCAAAUUAGUCCCACUCCACCUCCACCCCCGCAAGGCAGAUUCGAAAGAGAAUUCUUCAUCAUUUCUCAACUUGGUAAAGGUGAAUUCUCAGAAGCUUUCAUUGCAUGUAAACGACAAGCGGCUUACAACGGUCAAAUAUACGCUAUCAAACGUGGCAAACCAUUUGAAGGUGGUCGCGAUAGAUUACGACAGCUAAAUGAACCAAUUACGCUUUCCAAGUUAUCACCACAUCCAAAUAUUAUCAAAUUGAAUGAUUACUGGGAGGAGAAUAACAGACUUUAUAUACAGACCGAAUUGUGUGAAAAGGGUUCACUCAAUAACUUCUUGGACGACUAUGGCUCCAGGUUUGAAAAAUUAGAUGAGACACGUGUUUGGAAGAUGCUAGGCGAUAUUGCAGAGGGAGUUCGAUUCCUUCACGCUUCAGGUAUUUGGCAUUUAGAUCUCAAACCAGCCAACAUCUUUGUUGCAUCGAAUGGUACGCUCCUAAUAGGAGAUUUCGGUCUAGCAGUUCAAGAAUCGCAGCUGCGUACGUCAACACAGUACAAGAACUUACCAAAGCGGCGGAAGUCUGAGCCCGAUACAGAUGGUCCUAUAUCCAUGUUAACGACGGUGCUAGAAGCGUCAGAUGGGGUAGAAGAAGAUGACAUUAGUCUUUAUGCAGGUGAUUUGGAGAGAGAAGGUGAUAGAGAGUAUCUUGCUCCUGAAAUUCUUCGGGGAAAUUAUAGCCAUGCAGCCGAUAUCUUCUCACUCGGUCUGAUUAUCCUCGAAGCCAGUUGCAACAUUGUCCUACCAGGAAAUGGAGAACCAUGGCAGAAGCUGAGGUCACUAGAUUUUAGUGAAUGUCCAUUUGACGAUCUAUCAAUUGCACUCGUUGACCUCAUCAAGGCUAUGCUCGACCCCAACCCCGAAAACAGACCUUCGGCAUACCAGAUACUCCAACAUCCAAUAUUAGAUAGUGUGAAUAAGAAACGUUCUACGGGGGCACUGGAGAGGGAAGAAGAUGCUUCCUUCAUGGAUAGUAUAGUCAACAUGCUCUCUAAGUCCACACUCAAUAAACAGAUUAUUUAUCAAAUGAAACCAAUACAAAACCAAUCUCUACAACCUCAACCAUCUCCACAAGGUCAACGGACAUCAUUCACUCCAAACACUCCAAACACCUCCGCCCAAGCUAGUCUUAUUCUCGUCGAUCAAGAUGACAAUCAAUUAUUUAGUAGAUCGUCUACAGAUGAGAAUUUGAUGGAUUUAGAUAAAUAA